AUGCCGAGGGGCUUCUUGGUGAAGCGGACUAAACGGACGGGCGGGUCUUACAGAGUUCGCCUAGCCGAGCGGGGUUUCCCUCUGCCGGGUCCCCUGGUGGUGGCGCCGCCCGGCCCCGACGCCUCCCUGCCCUGUGUCGAGAAGGCAGCGCCCCCCACCCAGGAGGAACCUAGAGAAGAGCUGACGAUGGAGGCGGCCCAGGAGCUGUCGGGGCCACCCUGUCGGGCGGCCGGGGUGAGCCUGGGGGAGGGCGGGCAGGAAGGUGCCCAGUGGAGGGCCAAUGGGAGGGAGGGCCCCGGGCCCAGCCCCGCCAAGCCGGCGGGCGCGGAGCUGCGCCGCGCCUUCCUGGAGCGCUGCCUCCGCUCGCCGGUCUCCGCCGAGUCCUUUCCCGGGGGCGCCGCCUCCCUGGCCACUUUUUCCUGCUCGGUGGCGCCCGCCGCCGCCCCGACCUCGGGGGAACAGUUCCUGCUGCCGCUGCGGGCGCCGUUCCCCGAGCCCGCGCUCCAGCUGGACCCCGCUCCGCUCUCCGCCACCCUGCACGGCCUGAAGCGGGCGGCGGGCAGCGAGCGCCGCGCCAAGGGACCUGCGGGCUGCUCGCCCGGGCCCGCCGCUCCCAUCGCGGCGGGGAUCAAGAAGCCAAAGGCCAUGAGGAAGUUGAGCUUCGCGGACGAGGUGACCACAUCCCCGGUCCUGGGCCUGAAGAUCAAGGAGGAGGAGCCAGGGGCGCCGUCCCGGGUCCCGGGGGGCAGCCGCACGCCGCUGGGGGAGUUCAUCUGCCAGCUGUGCAAGGAGCAGUAUGCGGAUCCCUUCGCGCUGGCCCAGCACCGCUGCUCCCGCAUCGUGCGCGUCGAGUACCGCUGCCCCGAGUGCGACAAGGUCUUCAGCUGUCCCGCCAACCUCGCCUCCCAUCGCCGCUGGCACAAGCCUCGUCCCGCCGCUGCCACCACCGGCUCCUCCGCCGAUGGGAAGCCACCGCCCUCAUCGUCUGCAUCCUGCGCCGACGCAGGGCACCUGGCAUCGUUCCUGGCCGAGGGGAAGGAGAACAGCCGGGCCGAGCGGACUGCGGAUCAGCACCCGAAGGCUGAGGACAGCUCCGGGGAUAGUCAGCACCAGGACAGCGCUCCGCGCCAAGGCCUCCAGGUGCUGGCACACCCCGAGCCGCAAGUACUACAGGCCCCGUACACGGAGGGGGUGUUGGGGCAUCGGGUGCCCGUGCCGAGCGGUGGUUCGGGGGGCUCUGAGAUCUUCGUGUGCCCGUACUGCCACAAAAAGUUUCGUCGCCAAGCUUAUCUGCGCAAGCACCUGGGCACUCACGAGGCGGGCUCGGCGCGCGCGCUGCUCCCCAGCUUCGGAUCGGAACGGGGGGCCCCCCUCGCCUUCGCUUGCCCGCUGUGCGGGGCACACUUCCCAUCGGCAGACAUCAGGGAGAAGCACCGGCUGUGGCACGCGGUCCGCGAGGAGCUGCUCCUGCCCGCUCUGUCAGGGGCUCCCCCGGAGGCGCCCGGGCCUGGAGGGGCGUCGGAAGGGAGUGCUCAGCAGAUUUUCUCCUGCAAGCACUGCUCGUCCACGUUCUUCAGCUCUCCGGGCUUGACCCGGCACAUCAAUAAAUGCCACCCCUCGGAAAGCCGGCAAGUGCUGCUGCUGCAGAUGCCACUGCGGCCGGGCUGCUGA